AUGGGUGCGAGCGACUCGAAGCUGGUCUUCAAGAAGGGCAUCUUCAGGCUCUGCGGCGAGCGCAACAUUCCUGCCGACGACCCAUACUGGACUUCCUUCUGGGAGCUGCCGGAGUCUUCCGAGGAUGUCUUCAGCCUCUUCGCCCCCGCCGACAUCCGCCGCACGAGGGACACUGCGCUCGAGAACCUAGAAACCCUCAUAUUAGCUGUCACCUCCCGCCUCUUCGUCCUGCGCCACCACCCUUCGUUUCCCGAUCCUGAGAUCGCCCCGGAACGCGAUGCCCUCAACUGCAUACGGGUUCUGACCCGCGUCAUCCCUUAUCUCUACGAAGCCGACAACUUACAGGAAUGGGAGCAGCGGUUCUUCUGGGGCGUGAGGCGGAAGAGGACGAGAGAGGCCAGGAUCGCAAACGAGGUGCUCUUUGACGAUUCGGAGGAGGAGCAGGAGGCACAGCUCAAGAGGCGGCCGACGGAUGAGUGGGAGGUGACCAGGCCGCUGGCCGAGGAGCUUCUCGACACCCUGGUGGAUCUACUUUUCUUCUCGGACUUCACCAGCACCAAGCAGCCACAUGGCAAACCCAAGGUUACCUAUAUGAUAUGGCAGAGCGGCGUGGGGUGCAACCAGACGGUCGCAACGACCAAGGAGUUCGAGAGCAACCGCAUCGAAGUCCUCCGCCUUCUGCUUGCCCUCACCGGCCAAGGCAUGUACAUGUCUGCCGCAGCGCUGCCGCAGUAUGGCACGAGGGCUUUGACGCACAUCUGUACCUGCUCGGACAAGCAGGUUGUCCUGUCUGUCCUGUGCUCCCUCCUGAAUACUACGAUGAAAUACAACCCCGCGAGCUGGCGGGUUCCUUACAACGCCCUCGUCUUCAAGGACCCAAAGCAGAUUCUUGUCACCUAUUCUCUCCAACUCCUCCUCGUCACCGUCCUCUACCCCGUACCAGAGACCAACGGUGAGGCGCAGAAGAACUGGUUUCGACACUUUCUCGGGCGGAUACAUAGACCGCAAGAUUUCCAGUUCAUCGUCGAUGGCAUGACUCGAAUCCUGAACCAGCCUCUACAAGCUAAUGCCUCGUACAUACCCGGGACACAAUCGUCUGUCAGGUUCGGGCCCGAGAUGAUCAUGCUGUUCUGGGAGAUUACGCAGUGCAACAAGCGAUUCCGUUCUUUCAUCGUGGAUACGGAGAGAGCACAUGACUUUGUUGUCUUGAUCCUAUUCUAUGCUCUGGAAAAUAAGAACGAUGCGUCCAAGCAGGGUGUGGUCAGGAUGUGCGCGUUCCUCCUGCAGACGCUUAGUGUUGAGAAGAGCUUUGGUGUGAACCUGAACAAGAACUUUGAGGCUCAAGAGACACUCCCUCCUGUGGUGCGAAUCCAGGGUUUUAGGGGUACCUAUGCCGACUUUCUCAUCCAGUCCAUCUACAAUCUCAUCACCACGAGCAAUGGCAAACUUACUGCCAUCUACCCGGCCCUGUUGGCUGUCAUUAAUAACAUCGCCUAUUACCUUGAGGGUUUGAGCACUGCGACAAGCACCAAGCUCAUGCAGCUGUUUAACUCCAUGUCCUCGCCAUCAUUCCUGCUGGUCAAUGAGACCAAUCACAGCCUCCUGAGGGCCUUGCUGGAGUCCAUGAACUCUGUUCUGGAACACCAGUACAAGAAAAAUCCCAUUUUUGUCACCACGAUCAUGCGAAAUAGGAAACGCUUCGAGGCACUGCGGAAUUUCACACUGGAGAGUGGACAAGAGGAGAUUGAAAGACGAAACAGACGAAGAAAAGACGCGCGAGCAUCUUCGGACAUAGAUUCCACGAGAAGCUCAGCGGAGAGCUUAAGAAGCCCAGUUGGAAGCCACUCGCGCGCACCGGCAUUAAGCAACGUACCAGAAGAAGACGGCACGUUCACAAUCGGAGAUGAGGAGGAAGACAGUGAUGAGGAGCGCCCCACGCCUUCACAGUCAGACCCCGGCGAGAACCCCUCGCGUGCCUCAUCGGUGGUGGAGGAUGCGGUGCCGACGCAGCUUCGCGGCAUGUCGGAGAAGGCCCGCGGCAAGAUGCCGGCCGGUAUGCAGAACUUUUCGAGGCAGAACAGCAUGACCAGUCUCAGCGGAUACUCUGUGUCAGGCCAGUCACAGAGCGGGCAGUUCGAGCCGACAGCGCAGUGGAUCGACAGCUGGCUGCCAGAACUACCGCUGCACACCAUCCUGACCACAAUCCAACAGCUGUCCUCGUUGGUGCCCCGACAGGCCUUGAUAGCGGACCAUGCCUCGCCAGACACCCUGCGGCAGAUCAGCCAGGUCAAGCUGGUCGGCGUCGACGUCUCUCCCGUGCGUGUGCACUCAUUCGAGUGGUCACCCCUGGCAUUGGGGUGGUACGAGUCGCUCAUCUGGAGCUUCGUGUUCAGCAGCGAGAUGCAGGUCUCGAGGGGCACAGUCGGCAUAUGGAACGGCACGGCGAUCAAGCUCUUCCGGGUUCAGGAGACAGCACCCCAAGGACCGACCCUGACCUCGCCGAGAGGUGCAGUGGAUGCGGUGGGUAGCAACAUCGUAUCAAGAAUCGGAGCGAUCAACCUGCGAGGCCCACAGGCGCAGUCGCCGACGAGCGCCCCCGGUUCGGCCGGCAGUACACCCCAUCUCGGGCGAAACUAGCAGUCGGAGGGUGCCGAGGUAAACACGUUGCUGUCUCGAUUAUCUCCCUGAGAUGCUGGGUCCUGCAGGUGAGCAACAAUGCCGGCAUCGGGAAAGGGGUAGGGAGAGAGAGAGAGAGAGAGAGAGAGAGAGAACAGACACAUGAGGGCGAGCCAGGCGUGAGAGGAACAGCAGAAUCCAGGACCGUGGCAAACGAGGCACAGUUGUUGGGCAGUGGAUAUCAACGACAGGACUUUUCAGGGAGAAAGUACAGGUGGUUCCGACAGCAGAUAAGCAGCGAUACUAGAUCACCGAGAGAACAAGUCCCGACUUGGUGUUGGUGGGUGGACAAUGGUUUUGGGAUGUGAGAAUAGAAAGCCUAUUCAAGAUGCGAUCUCUUGGCAUUACUUACCUCACAGAAAGUAGCGAGCGAUGUGACGACGAGACUGGCGCGAAGGGAUUGUGGAUCAACACCGUCCAUACCCAU